AUGGUGAUGCCCGGCACGUCAAGCCCAUCCAUCCAUGCCUCGGAGAUGCCGCAAUUCCAGCACAUCCAUAAGGGUCGUCCAUGUCGAAAAUAUAUGGCAAAGAUCGUCUCUACCUGGCAAUUCGAAACCGUUUUCGCCCUCUUCAUUCUGGCGCAUGCCAUUUUGCUGGGCGUUCAAAUCGAAUGGGAAUGUCAGAACCUUGAUGCUGAGCUCCCCAGCGAACUGGGCUUGAUUCACAUCAUCUUUAGCUGUGUCUUUCUGGUCGAGAUCAUUCUGCGAAUCAUUGCCUUUGGCAUGUACGAAUUCUGCAAAGGGGAGUCAUAUGCGUGGAAUUUGGUCGAUCUUUUCCUGGUGUUUAUCGCUAUGGUGGAGAUCUUGGCUGAUGCUUUCAUCGAGGACAAUUUUGCCAGCGGAAGCUUUCGUGUGUUGCGGAUCCUGCGGCUGGCUCGCUCAGCGCGGGGGCUUCGGAUUGUCCGGCUGCUUCGCUUUAUCCGGCCGCUACGGCUACUAGUUUUCUCUAUCGCGAUCACACUGAAGUCCUUAGUCUGGUCCAUUAUUCUCUUGUUCAUCAUCAUCUACUUAUUUAGCAUUCUGUUCGCCGACGCCAACUUGGCCUACUUCAAAGUUGGGAACAUACCUCCACUGCUUGUGAACGAAGAUGACCUGCAAUUUCAUUUUGGGUCUGUGUCGGCAGCAAUGAAUACAAUGUUUCGAGCCAUUGCCGGUGGUUUGGAGUGGCGACAUGCAUCCAGCGCACUGGCAUCGUCGAUCGGUCAAGGUUGGUCACUCCUCUUCACCAGCUACAUCGCAUUUUGUUGCUUCGCAGUACUGAAUGUCAUGACCGGAGUCUUUUGCCAUAGCGCCAUCACUGGUGCAGAGCAGGAUCAUGAGAUUAUGGUCCAAUCCAUGGUCAACGAGCAAGACCGAAUACGGCAUGCUUUUGCAGACCUCUUCCAUCUGAUGGACAAGGAUGGAAGCGGUACAAUUACCAUCAAGGAGUUUGAGAAGGGCUUCCAUGUUGACACGACAAAAGCGCUUUUCGAGGCUCUUGGAUUAAAAGCCGAGGAUGCUUGGACGCUCUUCCGGAGUUUGGACAAGGACGGCGAUCACCGAGUGGGUGAGCAUGAGUUUGUCCAAGGUUGCAUCCACAUUCGAGGCCCUGCUCGGCAGGUGGAUCUGAGAAGACAGGCCCAGCGCACCAGGACGGAUCCGUGUUUUUGA